AUGAAAGGUUACGGUCCCCAGCGCAGCCGCCAUCUCUCUGACGCCUGCGACCCGCCCGGAGAUCACUACCCUCCUGCCGCCACCCUACCUGGCAGCCCUUACCUGCUCACCCCUGACCACCGAGCAAUGGAGCACUAUGGCGCGCUUGACCCCCACCACUUCUCCCCGUCCCCCGCCCCUCCCGGCCUGCCCCCGGACUGCCUCAUGCCCCUCAAUAACCAGCUCUCCACCAGUAGCACCUUCCCCAGGAUCCACUACAACUCCCACUACCAGCAGGGGGACUUCUCACCCCCCGGCGGGGGAGACAGCAUCGGUGGCAUCAGCACGGGCACGCUGGGCACCUCCAUGUCCAUGGGCAUGGGGUUGGGAAUUGGCAUGGCAGAGAGUCAGAAUGCCAUGAUAACCAGUGGAUCUGCCACCAUAUCAGGCAGGGGGAAGAUGAACCGUUUGCCGCCCAACCUCUUGGACCAGUUCGAGAAGCAGUUGCCAGGGCAACGGGACGGCUUCAGCACGCUGCAGUUCCACCGGAGUUCGGCUGUGGCAACCACCAAGCAGCAGCAGCAGCAGCGUACAGACAGUCCCGGACGGAUCCGAUACUUGGUCCACUCCGUCCAGAAGCUUUUCGCCAAGUCUCAGUCACUUGAGAGCUCUGCUGUCAAGGGCAACCACAGCAGCCGCUCGGCCAAUGCCACCUCAUCGUCAGGAGGCGAGGAUGGCGGCAAGCAGCACCGUCGGAGCAAGAGCAAGGACCGGGCCAAGAGUGAGGGCACCAACAAACGCCGGCCACGUUCCAACAUGUCAGGGUACUGGAGCUCAGACGACCUGGACAGUGACAUCAGUAACUAUAGGAACCCCAUGGCGAUGAUGACACUGGGCCGGGAGAGCAGCAUGGGCGGGGUUGGGGGCGGGGCUGGUGGGAUGGUCCAUGGUACUGAGGGGAACUCCAGGUAUUUCAUGCAUGGUUACAACACCAUCAGUGAGCACACGCUCAAGUCCUCCAAAAGCAACAAUGACCUGAAACUCCAGGAGCUCCCUGCCCUCUUUGGCCCCGGGGGAGGGACCGGAGGAGGGAUCGGGGACGGUCAGUUCGGGAAGGGGAGCCCUUGGUCCACGCUAACCCUCGGGACGAACAGGCAGGUGUGUCAGAAGGGUUCUGCCACACUGGACCGCUCUCUGCUCAAGUCCAAAUCGUGCCAUCAGGAACUGGCCUGUAAUUACCUACAGGUCAGAGGCAGAAUGCCCUCUACCGGCGACUGGGGCGGAACUCUGGGAAGAAGCGGUGUUCCAGGGGAGAUCCCCUGUCGUAGGAUGAGGAGUGGCAGCUACGUGAAAGCCAUGGGGGACCUGGAGGACAGCGAUGACUCGGACAGCAGCCCCAAACCCUCCCCAAAAACCGCUGCCCGUCGUCAGAGUUAUCUACGCGCCACACAGCAAUCACUCAGCGACCAGCUUCCACCUCGGAAUCGUAUGUUGGAUUACUCCAUGCUGCAGGGCGAUCUGCAGGCCCUGUGGUCUCCCCUCCACAGCAUCGCAUCUCUACAACAGAUUGGAAGAUCUGUCAGUUGUCUUCCCUCUCUUAGAGAGUUCUCUGGGAACCGUAGUUUGGAUAAUCUGGACUGUAUCGGGGGCUCGUCUGGCUCUCCGUUCCCACGUUGGGAUGACGACGACUUCAGCCAAGGCUGCAGUACGCUCGGCCGCAACAGCUGCAUCAGCCAGGUGCGAGACCUGGAGCUGAGCCAGCGUUACGGAGACGAAUCCUGCUCGGAGUCUGUGUUUGGGGAAACCCACAUCCACACUCACUCACGGUCCCACUCGCGGGCUGACGAACCCCCUGACCUACCCAUGCCCACAUGCUUCCGAUCCCGUAGCCAUAGCUACCUACGCGCCAUCCAAGCAGGCUGUUCCCAGGACGACGACACGGCCUCGUUGGACUCGGAUUCCCCGCCUCCCACUGCCACCACUGUACGCACCUACAGCACCAGCACUGUUUCUACCUGUAUAACCACCUGUAAGAAAGUCGCCCCUCCCCCUGUGCCACCUCGCACCACCUCUAAGCCCUUCAUCUCUGUCACCGUCCAGAGCAGCACCGAAUCAGCCCAGGACAGUUACCUCGACAACCACGACAGAAAGAGCGAGGUCAACAGCCAAUCGGGUCACAGCAACUCCUCGGACAGCCUCGACAGCACGCGGGCUAACAGCUUGGCCAAAGGAUCGCGUCCCCAGCUUCCUGUCGCCACCCCUCGCGAGACCCAGACCCCCUCUGCAGUAGUAAUAACCCCGGAAACUCAGCACGACUCCAAAAAUGAUUCGGUGAAAGGCGGUCUCGGUUCAGACGAACCUCGGAUAGAACCCGUGCCACGCCGAAAACUGUCCUCCAUCGGUAUACAGGUGGACUGCAUUCAGGAAGCCCAGAGAGUAGAGACUCCGCCAUUGGCCAGAUUCCAGUCAAUUGGCGUGCAGGUGGAGGACGGCUGGCAACUCAGCCGGUCCAGUAGUAUGGCAUCUAAACAGGAGACAGACUCAGACACACAGGACCUUUCCCUGACCUCUGUCACCACCAUCACUAGUAUCUCCAAACCCACCGAGAAGAAAGUCAUGGUUAACAGCGCCAGCCAGUCGGUUGACUCGCCCACACAGCUCUCCCUGGACAACGGCGAAAAUGAUAUCGUCACAACCAGCGGCCCAUCCCGACAGCUCCUCACCAAUCGCUCCACAACCAGGAGCAGUUCCUCCUCCUUCUCCGAGAGCCUAGACCCUGCCCUCGACCCCUCCUCGCUGCCCCCUCCUGACCCGUGGCUGGAGAGCGGGAACGGGACAGGUAACGGCGGAACCUCCCAGCCGUUGUCAGGGGCAACAGGAGCUCCGGCGUGCAGGAGGGACGGGCACUGGUUCCUGAAGCUGUUGCAGGCGGAGACGGGAAGGAUGGAGGGCUGGUGUCAGCAGAUGGAGCAGGAAACUAAAGAACAUCAGCUCUCAGAAGAGGUGUUGGGGAAGGUGCGCAGUGCUGUAGGCAGUGCCCAGUUACUAAUGUCUCAGAAGUUCCAACAGUUCAAAGGGCUGUGUGAACAAAACUUGAAUGUGAACGCCAACCCGAGACCCACGGCCCAAGACCUUGCCGGGUUCUGGGACCUGCUGCAGCUGUCGAUAGAAGACAUCAGCCUCAAGUUUGACGAGCUGUAUCAUCUCAAAGCCAACGACUGGAGAGUAGACCGUGACUCCCCUGACAAACAGGAGAAGGCGGCCCCUCCAGUGCCAAAGAAGCCAGGGAAGAGUAAGUCAGGUCCAACCCGGGAGAAGAGCAGUGAGUCGGCAGACAAGCAGAGGCAGGAGGCACGGAAAAGACUCAUGGCAGCCAAGAGGGCCGCGUCGGUUAAACAGAACUCGGCCACAGAGAGUGCAGACAGCAUCGAAAUCUACGUCCCAGAGGCCCAGACCCGCCUAUGAGACAGACA